AUGAUUAGAUUUAUUCUCUUGUAAAACAGAUAAGGAAAAACUAGACUCGCAAAAUGGUAUGUAGACUAUGAUGAAUAGGAAAAGUAAAAAUUAUAAGGAGAAAUUAACCGUAUUAUUGUUUAUCGUGAUAGAAAGCACACAAAUUUCUUAGAAUUCAGAAACUAUAAAAUUAUUUAUAAGAGAUAUGCUGGUCUGUUCUUUUCAAUUUGCGUUGAUACUACAGAUAAUGAACUUACAUAUCUUGAAAUGAUCCAUUUAUUUGUCGAAGUUUUAGAUUCUUACUUCAGCAACGUACGUGAACUCGAUAUUGUAUACAAUUUCCAUAAGGCUUUUGGUAUUUUAGAUGAAAUGAUUAUUGGUGGAGAAAUUAUGGAAACAAGUAAAAGUUAAAUUUUGGCUGCUUUGAGAUAAGUUGAACUUUUAGAAUGA